AUGCAACCAGUGAAGAAGGUGCAGCUGGCAUCGAAUGACGUCAAGCUGCUGGCGAUGAAGGGCUUCACCAUUGGCGAUGCACUCAACAGCGGUUCUUUUGCCUGUGUCUGCAAGGCCACCUACAAAGGCAAGCCGGCGGCUGUGAAGGUGAUCGACCUGGAGAAGACCUCCGAUGACUACCGCCUCAAGUUUCUGCCCCGUGAGCUGUACACCAUCAAGAAGCUGAAGCACCGUUUUCUCAUUCAAGUCAUCGACAUCUACAGCAAAGCUCGCUACUACUACACCCAGUUUGGCUCGGCGCUGCAGUACAUGCACUCCAUCGGCUUUGCCCACCGUGACAUCAAGUGCGAGAAUAUUCUGCUGAACAAGGCGCACACCAAGGCGAUGCUCACCGACUUUGGCUUCACCCGCUCCUGCUUUGAGCGCCACACUGGUCGCCGCCAGCUGAGUGACACCUACUGCGGCUCAAAGGCGUACCUCAGUCCGGAGGUGCUCAAAGGGGAGAAGUACGCCCCUCUUAUCAGCGACUGCU